CGCCCCGGGGCGCGGCCUGCGGGGUUAGGCGUUAGCCCGGGAAAGCGGGGGCAGGACCAUCCGGACAAGCGCCCACUCUGCAGCCCUCCCGGCCGCACGGAGCCCUCGCCGCGCCUCCGCCCCGUGCGACCUCCUCCGCCCGCCGACCCCGCGCUGCGCCCCGCCGCUGACUUGUGUGUCGCCUCGAUGCAGUCCCUGGCGCACAUCUUCCGGGGGACGUUCGUCCACUCCACCUGGACCUCCCCCAUGGAGGUGCUGCAGGAUCACCUCCUCGGCGUGAGCGACAGCGGCAAAAUCGUGUUUUUAGAAGAAGCAUCCCAACAAGAAAAGCUGGCCAAAGAAUGGUGCUUCAAGCCGUGUGAAGUAAGAGAGCUCAGCCAACAUGAGUUCUUCAUGCCUGGGCUGAUCGAUACACAUAUCCAUGCCCCUCAGUAUUAUUUCGCUGGGAGUAAUGUAGACCUACCACUUUUGGAGUGGCUGACCAAAUACACAUUUCCAGUGGAAUACAGAUUCCAGAGCACGGACUUUGCCGAGGAGGUGUACACCAAAGUUGUUAGGAGAACACUAAAGAAUGGGACAACCACAGCUUGUUACUUUGGAACAAUUCACACUAACUCAUCUUUGCUCCUUGCAGAAAUUACAGAUAAAUUUGGGCAGCGGGCAUUUGUGGGCAAAGUCUGCAUGGAUUUGAAUGACACUGUUCCAAAAUACAAGGAAACCACUGAAGACUCAAUCAAGGAAACCGAGAGAUUUGUGUCAGAAAUGCUCCAAAAGAAUUAUUCUCGAGUGAAGCCCAUCGUGACACCACGGUUUUCCCUUUCCUGCACUGAGACUUUGUUGGCUGAACUCGGAAACAUUGCAAAGACCCAUGAUUUGCACAUUCAGAGUCAUAUAAGUGAAAAUUCUGAUGAAGUUAAUGCAGUGAAAACCUUAUACCCCAGUUAUAAAAACUACACAGAUGUGUAUGAUAAGAACAAUCUUCUAACAAAUAAGACAGUGAUGGCACAUGGCUGCUACCUCUCGGCGGAAGAACUGGAUGUAUUCAGGGAACGAGGAGCAUCCAUCUCACAUUGUCCCAAUUCUAACUUAUCGAUCAGCAGCGGCUUUCUCAAUGUGCAAGAAGUCCUGAAACAUGAAGUGAAAAUAGGGCUGGGUACAGAUGUGGCUGGUGGUUAUUCAUCUUCCAUGCUUGAUGCAAUCAGAAAAGCAGUGAUGGUUUCCAAUAUCCUUUUGAUUAAUAAAAUAAAUGAGAAAAGCCUCACCCUCAAAGAGGUCUUCAGACUAGCUACUCUUGGAGGCAGCCAAGCCCUGGGCCUGGAUAGAGAAAUUGGAAACUUUGAAGUGGGCAAGGAAUUUGAUGCCCUCCUGAUCAACCCCAAAGCAUCUGACUCUCCCAUUGACUUGUUUUGUGGGGAUUUUGUUGGUGAUAUUUCUGAUGCUGUAAUCCAGAAGUUCCUCUAUCUAGGAGAUGACCGAAAUAUCGAGGAGGUUUAUGUGAGCGGAAAGCAGGUGGUUCCCUUUUCAAGCUCAGUGUAAGACCCUUAGCAUCAGCAAGUUCUCCUGGGAAACAUGGUCUGCAUCUCCCUUGUGCCCAGGGGCAGUUAGAAAGUCAAAACCCAGUACCUUGUCCUUGGGGUGCCUGUUUCCUUCUGUGUCUAGUUACAGGAUCCACUUGACUAAUCAUUGGAAGGGAGUUGCACUAAUUCUCAACUCUCUGGCUGGGAGGAUUCAAAAUCUCUCCUUUUUGAGCUUUUCAGAUUUGCUUUAAGCGCAGGCAUAAGGGAAUGUUAGUUCUGGUGGUGUUCUUAUUAUGAGAUUUAAGUAAAACUGAUUUCAUAUUCGGGAAUGUGGAAAGAAAAGACUUUCCUGUAAGAUUAGAUACAUUGAGCUAAGAAAUGUGAAAAUCAGACAACAGAAAAUGAACCAGUGAGUGUAUUUCUAUGAGGGAGAGUAAGUUAGACUAUGAGCAAAUGUUGGAAAAUCACUUCAGGUUGUUUUUGAAAAGUAUAUACUGAGCAUACUGAUUUAGAAAGAACUUGUUGUAUUUUAGAAUGUGUUUCUAGAUUGACCUUGUGUUCAGGAAAUUUGCACUUAAUGGAAUUUGCAUUUUAGAGAUGUGUCAUUGUUGUGUUUUUGCCGCCUUUGGAGAUGAAAUGUCAGAAAUUGAAUGCCACAUAUGCUUUCUUAAUAUAGUUCUUUGCUUCAAGUGUUUGACAGAAGUCGGGUCUUAAAGACUGGAAGUCUCUAGCACUAUUACUAAUAUUGCUACGUGGCAUAAAUAGCUUUUGUACUUUAAAAUUACCUUCAUGUGUAACUGUGUGAUGCUAUUAUUGCUUCAGUUAUAUUAGAGGAAAAACAAAUUCCAUACUCCACUGUUGUGUAGACAAGAAAGAGUCUUUGUAAGCUGGGGCAGGUCCUGGGCAUCCAGGAGCGGUCAGUACCAGAAGGAAGGCUUACGCUGCAGUGACCUGUUCUUCCCAAGAGCUUUGCCACAGUUGCUGGAAGUUGUCAAUCUGUUAGCACUUUGAAAUGAAAGGCAAAUGAAUAUGAAUGUAAUAAAGAAAAUGAAUAUUAAAGAAACAUUAUUAAAAACUCUAAACCCUGCAUAUUGAAAGCACUCUAUUUUUCAACUUUAUCCCAUUGUCUUUUUAAUUCCUAAGAAUUUUUAGGACAUUAGAAUUUUAGGAUAAUGAAAAAUAUGUAGAUGUUCCACUAAAUGUUUAUGUUAAUAGGAUUUAAUCUGUCCUAGACAUAAGAACAUUAAACAAAGCAAAAAGUAUUUUUAUUCUUCCUAACUAAUAUAAUGUGCUUUCCUAUUAAUCUACAAUUAAAAACAAAUUAUGACUUUAUGAUAAAUCCUUAAGUACUAACAUGAAUGUUAUUUAAAUAGUGUAUUUUUCUCAUUUAAUUUCAAAUCCUAUAAAGUAACAAGGAAAGGGAGUAGAUUUUCUUAACACUUAAACCUAAGGAAUAUGUAUGACUCUUUAUUACUACCUUAUAGUAGAGAACUUUAUGUUAUAUAACUAACUCCAUAUUUACAGAACUAAGGACAAAAUUCCCCCUCUUCUACUUUACAUUUUAUUCUUACAUAGUUACACUAAAUCAGCAGUAAUUUGUCCAGUUUUUUGUCAUUGUUUUCCUGGUGGGAAUACUUUUAUGUUUGACUGUAUGCAUACUACACCUAAACACAGAACAAAUUUUUGGGAAUUUUUUAAAAAACAACAGUUUGUGUUGUGGGGUGUUAAGUAACGCAGUAAACCAAUUUCCAAUCUAUCUCUGUACUUCCAGACUUCUUAACUCCUGAGCUAUGUCAAAGACACCCUGACCAGUUUCUCCCCAUUUCUCUAUAGUGCCAGCAAGUGUUUUCUGCUCUAUCUCCCAAUCCCAGCCAAAGGAACUUUGUUGUCUGGUAUUUAACCCAUAUGUGUGGGCUUAAGAAUUUGGAUGAGAUAUACAAGAUCCAUAAUAGGCAGCAGCUGUUUCCAGCCUGUAAAGGACCCUGCACUUUAACCUUCCUUAAGAGUGUACAUUUUGAUGUUGAACAUCAGUUUUCAUUUAAUUUAGGAUUCCUAUGCAGUAAAUAUGAAUAACUGUAGCAUCAGAAACAGGAAGAAUGGCCAUAUACAACCUAUCCAUCAAAUGUUAAAUUUAGCUGUUCAUGUGUUAAGAUCUGAAUAUGUUUUCUAGUAAAAAUAGAAUGUGUUGAAGUAUUUAUAUGUAGUUUGAUUUGCCUGCAUUAUGCAGAACUUGCGUGUUUUACUUCUUCAAGUGCAGUUUUACUGAUAGGUUGCGUAUGCUUUUUGGAGUAUUACAGGGAUUAGCCAUACCAGUGGUCAGAGAUUCUGCACUUUGAAUUGUUGCCUUUGCCUAAUAUGGGUUGACUUUCUGAAUUGUGGAGAGGCAGUACUCAAAGCAAUCUUAUUUGUUACUUUAUAUUUGAAUAUUUUGCUCUCUGGCAGGAAAGAAAGGGUUUAAACUUCUUAUCAGCCCCUCAUCUCACCCUGCACUGUCCCUCAGGUUUCAUGAUAUCUUUAGUGAAAUAUGCUUUAAAAGGUAAAAACAUAUUCAACAUUAAAAAACUCUUUUUUUUGUAACCACAACACAAAAGCAGGAUAACCAGCGAAGAUGAAUUUCACUUUCAAGAGAGAGUGAAAUGUGGGAUUAGGGCAUGAUGGUUAUCCUAGUAAUCAUGUCCUAAGACUGAGGAAACUCUGGUCCCUUAUUUAUUCUCCCAGCUUUUUCUUUCAUUUAAUCAUCAAGGCUUUGGGAUCCAAGAGAGUAUCUUGGAACAAGCUACCUGUAUGCUAGGAGGAGGUCUUUCUAAGUUAUAUUGUGAGCACUGAACCCCACUCAAUCUCCUUUUUACUUCUGAGAAUUCUGAGUGGUAAAGGAAGAAAGCAGUGGGAAAAGAUUCCUGCUAUGUUAGCUGAUGUUGAGGUGCACCUUGCAGAUCCCUGUUGGCACCUGCAGCUGAGGCCUCAGAGAGGAAACAUAACGGGUGUGAGAUCCUGCCAUGUAUUUUCAAUCUUCACUCCCUUCCAUAUUCUUCCUAUCUGUAAUGUUUUUACCUCAGAACCAGACAUAUGGAAAACUUUAAAGGCAGGCUGGAAGGCAGCUCUACCCUGUGCUAUACACAGAAAAUAUGCAGAACUGGAUGCGUCUGUAGCCCACUGGACAUCCUGUCAUCCAUUUUUUAAAGUUGAUGGAUGAUGCAAAAUAUUCAUAUGUUUAAAAAAAGUGUCCUCAGUUAUUAAAAGGUGACCUAAGAAUUGUGUUAAGGGCGACAUCUUGAAGUACUUUUCAAAGUGUGUAGAUUGUUGUGAAUUUUUAAGUUUUUUAAUUUUGCAAUUUUGAGUUGAAGAAUUUUGAAGGUUUGAAAGAGACAUGCGCAAUUUCAAAUCCACCUGCCACAUUAGAUGUGACUUUGGACCCUGACCCUGUAACACUGCUAGAGGAUAGGCCUGAACAGACGUGCACAAAUGAAUGGCCACUGUUAGGAAGCUUUAGCAUUGGUCCCAUGCAUGCCUCCGUACCCAUUCUCUUCUGCCUUUCCCUCCCACAGCCCUGUGAGUGAGAUUGAGACUUGAGGGCUUAGUUUGUAAAUCUGUUCCAAAUUGAGUGAAAUUCAGAAGUUGAACAGGCUGAUGAUGAAACUAAAGUUAAAUUCCAAUGUGACUCCCACAGUCCACAGGGGUGGACUUGAGUGACUGAUGUCACGUGGCAUUAACUUACCUGUCCCUUCCCUGCUCAGAAUCCUGCCAGAAAACCUUCUUUAUCAAAACCAGCUUACAUUGUUGUUAAACUCACGAUCACUGCUCUUAAGAGUAUAUACAUUGUAUUCACAGGGACAGUUUUUCUCAAUAUUUGUAUGAUUUGCUUAUGGCUCAUGCACUGAGUGAGUUCCUUUGUGCUUCAGACAAAAAUAAAUGAGAUUUUGUGUUUACAUUA